UUUGUCAUUCUAAAUUUUCAACGCCGUCUAAAUACAAGUCAAAAUUAUUUGUUUAAUAAAUUGUGAAUACAAUACAAAACUUGGUUGCCCAAUCGGAGGUGACCAAUGGCCGCCCAAAAGAAGGUGAUCACUGUGGAUUCGAAGAGCAACUUUGACAAACUGAUCGAGGAUGCGGGGUCGAAGCAUGUCCUUGUCGAGUUCUUUGCCACGUGGUGUGGUCCUUGUGCGUUGAUCGGUCCCCGCUUAGAGCAAUUGGCAUCGGAAUACUUCGGGCGGAUGGUAAUCCUCAAGAUCGAUGUCGAUCAGAACGAAGAUCUGGCCCUUCAGUACGAGAUCAGUAGUAUGCCCACGUUCCUGAUCAUCAAGAAUCGGGUGACCCUCAUCCAGUUCGUGGGCAGUAAUGUGGAAAGAGUUGUCAGCACGGUGGAGAAGUUCGUGGGCAAGUUAGAUGACUCCAAAGGAGGUAAAGCAAGAGAAACCACUACAACUCCCGUAACGUAGUUGGUGUACCUUCUUUGUCAGAUUUGCAUUAGGCAGCAUUGUUCAAAAUUAAAGUACAUAGGUCUGGAUAAAAAUCAAAGUGUAGUAUAUAUUAAAAUGUUUUACUGAUCAAGAAAA